CUGACAGGAGUUGGGAAUUUCGACUGGAGAGCUCGUGUACUUUUUCGCUGGCAGCGAGGUCACGUAUUCGUCGCUUGUGUCCGGUCAGCGUUGGACGGUGAAUGUUGAAGCGGGGAGUGUUGCGAAAGCAAGCGGAGAAGGUGUGACCGGCGCUCUGAUUGGGCAGCAUGACCGAGGGGGAGGGGCAGUUCUGCAGCGUGCAGGUGGGCGACUCCACCUUCACCGUGCUGAGGCGCUACCAGCAGCUGCGCCCCAUUGGGUCUGGAGCACAGGGCAUCGUCUGCUCGGCGCUGGAUGUGGUUUUGGGGAUCCCCGUGGCGGUGAAGAAGCUGAGCAGGCCAUUCCAGAACCAGACGCACGCCAAGCGGGCGUACCGCGAGCUGGUUCUGCUCAAGUGUGUCAACCAUAAAAAUAUUAUUAGGCUUAUCAAUGUCUUCACACCACAGAAGUCGCUGGAGGAAUUCCAGGAUUUGUACCUGGUGAUGGAGCUGAUGGACGCCAGCCUGUGUCAGGUGAUCCACAUGGAUCUGGACCACGAGAGGAUGUCCUACCUGCUGUACCAGAUCCUGUGUGGCAUCCGCCACCUGCACUCCGCUGGGAUCAUACACAGGGACCUGAAGCCCAGUAACAUCGUGGUGAGGUCUGACUGCACGCUGAAGAUCCUGGACUUCGGAUUGGCCAGGACGGCCUGCACCAACUUCAUGAUGACGCCGUACGUGGUGACGCGGUACUACAGGGCCCCCGAGGUCAUCCUGGGCAUGAAGUACAAGGAGAACGUGGAUAUCUGGUCUGUGGGCUGCAUCAUGGGAGAGAUGGUGAAGGGCAGCGUCAUCUUCCAGGGGACAGACCACAUUGACCAGUGGAACAAGGUGAUCGAGGUUCUGGGCACGCCCUCCCUGGAGUUCAUGAGCCGCCUGAUGGAGACGGUGCGGAACUACGUCAUGAACAAGCCUCAGUACCCCGGGGUGAACUUCGCCGAGCUCUUCCCCGACUGGGCCUUUCCCUCCGAGUCUGAGCACGACAAGAUCAAGACCAGCCAGGCUCGAGACCUGCUGUCCAAAAUGCUGGUGAUCGACCAGUGCCGCAUCUCUGUGCAGGAAGCCCUGAACCCCUACAUCCACGUUUGGUACGACCCGGCUGAGGCAGAUGCGCCUCCCCCGCUAAUCUGUGACAAGCAGCUGGAGGAGAGAGAACACACCAUCGAGCAGUGGAAAGAACUGAUCUAUGAAGAAGUGAUCGACUGGGAAGAGAGAAACAAGAAUGGAGUGAUGAGAGAAGACAGCGGAGACGCAGCGGUGAACAGCAGCGGCGCUCCCUCCCAGUCCUCCUCCAUCAACGACUUCUCGUCCAUGUCCACGGAGCAAACCCUGGCCUCCGACACCGACAGCUGCAGCAUCGACGCCCUGCCGGGGGCGCUGGACGACUGCCAGUGAACCCCCCCGCCCCCCACGCCUCUUCCUCAGAGCCACCCUCCUCCUCUUCCUCCUCCUCUUCUUCAUCCACCCUCCGCCCGCCUUUCACGCGCUCCGUCACUCCCGAUUUCCGCCCCCCAGCCCCCCCCCACCCACCGCCAAUUGUGUCGUCUGAACAGUUUGUUUUCGGCGGGGAAAGCGAGCCACAGGGAGCUUGGGUGACCUUACCGAGACUCCUGUCUUUAUUACAUUUGAGAGGUCCGCCCAUUUCAGAUCGCCGAGCGAUUGGGCCUCAUCCUCCUCUCCAUGUAAUGGGGGGAGGCGUUUACAAGUGUGCGGAGCUGUUCGGAGUAUUCGUUCACCUUCGCGCCAGACUCUGCUCUGGCGUGCGACUGAUGAGGAUCAGUACUGCCGUAGACUGCAUUGGAGAGCAUUACGGACUCCAUUUCCCAUGAGGCUGUUCGGGGGAGAUCUUCUCUCUUCAAUAAGUCGCCGAAGCAGAUUGUCUCCUGGGACUUGGAGGCACUGAAGAUUGACUGAACUGAACGCAAACCUUAGUUUUAAUAUUUAAUUUUAGUGGGUGGUGGGUGGCCUGAGGUUUGUCAUCAAGACUUUUCGGUUUUUUUUUCCGUUUGAACUCGAUGACGCGAGAAAGGCCACGCGGAGAGACUACGAAACAACAAGCGUCAUCCUUCAGACAGAAACCCUUCCUCCCUUAACCCCCCCCCCCCCCAUUGCUGAAAAAGCCGCCAUCUUCUGCUGCCAUCUCAGACUUUCUCUGCAUGUGCAAAUAUAGAGCCAGAAAGCGAACAAAAAAUAGACAGCACAUGGUAAAACAAAAGAUAAAUGCCUGUCUUUAGUUUAACUUGUAUUGACAUCAAGAACAAAAAGCCUGCCCUUCCUGCAGAUGGCAGUAUUGCGUUUUCCUGUGAAUGAUUCGGCUGUGGUCGUCCGUGUGACCCUGAAGCCAAACGUCUCUGAACCGUGAGAGGUGGGACUUAAAGCGCGGUGUAAUUUUCUAUAGAUAAUGUGUGUGUAUGUGCAUCGAUGUCAUGUUGUGGAAAAAGCGCUAACUGUCAGCCACUCCUGGAGAAGCAUGAGUCCUGUACCCCGAUGUAUUCAUAUCCGUUUAUUAUACUCACCUUUUUAUAUUAACUAUCCACCUCUGUUGUCAGUCAGCCGGCGUUGAAAGGUACUAUCAUGGUCCUUCAUGUAAUUAUGAAUCGUCGAUUCAGAGAUCAUCUUUGGAAAAUCCAACUGGUGUAAAAAAAUAUUCAAAACACACAUUGCUGGGAUUGUUGCGUCUUUCAAUCAUUCCACGGUUAACAGUGUUGGUGGGAGACUCAGAAAUGUAUACACCCAGGGAUACACGAUAAUUCUGGUUAAUUCCAUAUUAGCCAAUGCCGAUGGCUGCCAUUUUGCAUUCUGGCACGAAUGCAACCUGCAGCCAUCCCCCCGUGGUCAUGCAAAGCAUUAACAAGCGUUAGCUGUCGAACAACUAAUGAAGGAAAAAUUUAGCUAAUAACUUUACAUGUAUAACGAAAUCUUGUACUGCCGUGUUUUAUUGUUAAGCAGAGCGCAAGUCUCUAACGUGACUAGAAUCUCUAGGUUAGUUUUUGAGAACAACUUUUUUUUAAUUGUGGCGUUUUUAAUUGUGGCGUGUACUCUCAGAAAAAUCUAUUUCGUAAAGGCUUCUGUUCAGUUCUCCAUUUUCGACGCUAUCUAAACAAGUGCCGCAGUUUUUUUGUCGCUUUUCACGGUUUUAAAAAAUCCCACUCAGUCCACAUUCUCAUUUAAUAUGCAGCACUAGUGGCUGCAUAUUAAGCAAACGUGUUGACUUUAAGCAAACGCGUUAGCACGUUUACUCUAAGCAAAACGCGUUAGCAUGUUUACUUUAAGCAAAACGCAUUAGCAUGUUGACUUUAAACAAAAAAUCACCCCGACAAUCAGGAGAAGGAGAACGUGUGAGAAGGCUGUAUGAGCGCAGGGAACUAUGGGAACUGAAGUGUGGAAUAGACCUGCCGUGACCGCCAGUCACCACGGGUGGGCGCUAAAUCCACCAAAACCAAGGAUAUAUCCAAAAUAUUACCAAGGUUUAAUUAAGAAAUGCAUGCAUGAUAGCUCUGUAGUUUUCUUUCCAGUGCAUGCUAGUACUUUAGUGGUCUCGCUAUGUAUUGCUAUGUAUGCUAAUAUUUUAGCUUUUCUGGUCAGAUGUUGGCAGUUUCUCCAUAGCUAUUAGACUGCACCUGCAUUGGAAACAACGUACAGUCUUGUGUCGACACGGUUAUAUGCUCAAGUAACGUAGACUUGGACUGGAUUGCAGCAGCAUUUAUUUCUAUUGCCGCUAGCUGAGAAACGUGUCUGUUUGUUAAAAUUCGAAGCGAACAGAGCUUCUGGUUGUAGGACAUGGUGCCGUGUGAAAUGGUGCAUUGCUGUGUACAAAGUAGCAUGUCGCACAGCUCACAUGAACCAAACGGUCUAAUCAACUGCAAGUUUCUUUGGAUAAAAGCGUCAGCUAAGUAACAAAUUAUUAUGACUUAUUACUGAUUGGCUGAAAGAGAAAGUGACCUUUUGUUAUGCCUGCACCUUAAUCAUUGCACCUGUUCAACACUAAGGUAUCUCAGAGUAGGAGCUCUUUGUGUUAAAACAGUGCCGAUAGCCUGUUGCAUGAUUUCUGACUUGGUUUACAAUUUUAGGGAACUUUCUCCUCAAUUGCACAGAACAUAAAAUUGGGGCAAGGCAUUUGUGAUGUCACUUUACCCAUAGAACAAACAGAGAGGCACUCUGCCUAUCACCGAACAUGUUGCUAACAACCAGCUGAACAACGCCAGUGGCAACUGGUGAAUGUUUUCUGGCAACUUCCUGGUAAUUGUCACUGGAAUCGUGUCUUUCUUAGCCGCAACGCCUCCAUCAUUGGCAUUGUUCUGCUGGUUAUUGUACUGCGUACUCUGUGAUUGGUGGAGCCAAAGGAUUUUCUUCCUGUUUUAUUGUCCCUCAUGUCCUCUGUACUGUGAGAAAAGGCAUUCAGGCAUCUCCAACGGGCAGCUGUAGGGGCCUGAAAUACUGCAAGUGUGGGCGGGCACAUUGACAGUCUCUUCCUCUUAACCAGGGGGGCAUUCUCUGCCAUCAUCUAAGCAUUUGUGUCAACAAAAAGGCAGAGUUCAGUACGGUUUUCUCUUCGGAUGUCUUCUUUUGAAUAUUUUGUGAAUAUAAGCCUGUUUGGAGCUAUUUCCCUCUAAGAACUUGUUGUUCAAGGAAAAGGCCAAAAGCAACAAAGUCCUGGACAAAGGAAUCUGGACUUUUCUGGAAGGCCUGUAAUGGAUUUUGCAUUGGAUGAACAAAAAUGUAUGAAAAUGAAUGUAUGAAAUGUGUAAAGACAAAAAUUUGAAUCAGUCAUUCAUCCAUUUCGCCUUAAAGAACUCCAGGAGUGUUGUGAUGUAUCUGUUCAUCUGUCAGAUUAACUGUGGGUUUGAGUCUUUAAUAAUGUAAAAAAAAAAAAAGACCUGGUCCAUUUCUUUGCUUUCCUUCAUGUUGCCCGAGCUAAGCUCUGUUAAACAACUGUUUGGACUUCAUUGUUUCACUCCAACAAUUGCAGCACUCUCCUUUAAAAAUUGAGAUUUUAUUUUUGCUAUAUUUAUUUGCUGUUUUUAUCAUUAUAGGGCCCAUGUUUGAUUAUAUUUUUGGAACAGAUAUCUUUAAUACUAAUAUAUGUAAUAAAGUAGUACAUUGUAUUUGUAAAUGCCCCUUUACCGCACUAAAAGUGCUCACAAAUGUUUCAUGAAACAUUCCUGUUGUUUAUUUCGCCUGUUUCAGGGACUGGUUUGUCCUGACUGGUCCACAGAAACCCCAUUCAAAAUACAGAUUCGGAUUUAGAUACUGGUUGCUCAGAAAUCGGAAUAUUGACACAGUGCUGGUUAUAAAGAGCCUAAAAUCCCACUGAGGUGUUCUGUUCCUCCUGUGGGUUACAGUGGACCGCCGUGUCGAGGAAUGCCGUACCUACACUCCCAGAAUGGCAGAGGCCUGAGCGGCUUUAGGGCGCAGAGAUCAAACCUUAGAUAUGAGGAGAGCAGGCCCUGUUUGAUGAACGGAAAGUUCCGUUUGCUGAUUGGAGGGCGCUGUGUGUUUAUUGUGAAGAGGUGCAGGAGAACUGCACAUUUCCACCAAUCGGGUGUUUCUGCAUUUCCUCCACUCCGGCCAAUCGGGGACAUUGCUGCUGGGGGUCGGUCUAUUCUUGCGGAGUUUGUGUUUUCAUACUGCAGUAGGAAUGUGUGUGUGUGUGUGUGCUUGCGUGCGUACAUGCGCCAGUACUUGUGUCUGUGUGUGUGUGUGUCUAUGUGUAUGCAUGCAUGUGUGUGUGUGUGUGUGUGAGAGUGAGUGUAGAUGCUGUGUGUGUGCAGGCAUGUGUGUGUGUGUGAGUGUGUGUGUAUGUGUGUGUGUGUGUGUGAGUGUAUGUGUGUGUGAGUGUGUGUGUGUGUGUGUGAGUGUAUGUGUGUGUGUGUGUGUGUGUGUGUGUGUGUGUGUGUGUGUGUGUGUGAGAGUGUGUAUAUGUGUCUGCAGGCGUGUGUUGUGUGUGCGUGUGUGUUUGUGUGCAUGCGUGACUGAGCGGUUGAUGAGAUGGGUUUUCUGCGGUGUCCAUAUUGCGGGUGUGAUCGUGAGUUUCUCCUGUUUCCCUGUCCCACCCAAUGCUGUCAUCCAUAAUGAUGUCAUCAGUGCAUCUGUUACUGCCCUGCUGCCUCUCUGUGUCUGACUCCAUGUACUAAACCUCCUUACAGUCUUCACCAGAAACUGACACUUUCCACCCCUAAGUAUUCUGCACGUUUUGUUUUUUGUAUUUUUUAUUUAUAUUUUUUUGGUCCAGCUGACUCUCUGGAGAUGUACAGGUGAUCCUCCUCUGGACCAUAAUUAUCUUUGAUGUCUCGUGUCCGUCACGUUGCUAUAGAAACCUGUUCCUGCUUGCUCGUCUCUUUCAAUACUGCCCCCUGUUGGACAUGCGUCCGGCUGUCUUUGUGCUCGAUCCUCUAUCCCACGUCACGUUUUCUGCCCAAAAUGAUGAAUAUGCAAAACAAAAUUUGGUUUAAAAAGGAAUUUUUGUGAAGUCAAAGAGUACACACCUGAAAUAAACACUCAAACAGCAGAUGAAUUCAGAAAAUAAUUAUUCUUUUAUUAGUUAUUUUAUUGCAUUACAAUGUGUGUGUUCCCAUGGUGUGAAAAUAUAAAUAGCUUAUAUCUGUG